GGCCUAACUAAGAAGCAUAGGUUGACUGUGGACACAGCGUUUCAGGUGCUGGUUAGAAAGCUGUGGUUUAAUGAACAUGGAAUCAUUAGGGUGCAAAUUUACUUGGUGCAGACUCAGGAAUGGCAAAGUGGUUUUACGUGAGAGGUUAGACCGUGUGCUCUUUAACUCAGGUGCACAAAUCCUCUUGCAGGGGGCCAAAGUUUUUACUCUGCCGCGUAUUCAUAGUGACCAUCAUCCUAUACUACUUGAUUUGGACACAGCAGCUUCCCAAAUCCCUGUUAACAAACCUUUACGCUUUGAGGCGGCUUGGUUAUCAAGAGAUGAGUUCCGAUCAGUUUUUCACGAGGCCUGGAGUCAACAUGCUAGCCAGCUACCAAUGGCCAUUCACCACACCAAAGAGGCUUGUAACUCGUGGGGCAAGUCUGUUUUUGGAAACAUUUUCAAGAAGAAGCGACUGUUGCGAGCUAGGAUUACAGGAAUUCAGAACUCUCCUCGUUAUUAUUCUUCUUCGCAGUUACAAGCUUUGGAGCAAGAGCUACUUGAUGAAUAUCAACAAAUUCUAUAUGAAGAGGAAUUGCUUUGGUUCCAAAAAUCGAGGGUGGAUUGGAUUGCAUCUGGUGAUAGGAAUACUUCUUUUUAUCACUUAUCUACCAUGGUGAGACGUAGCAAGAACAAAAUUGGGGCGCUAAAGAUAGGAGGAGAAUGGAACAUGGACCCUGACGCUCUAAAAUCUCAUGUAAGAAAUUUCUCCAUGGAGCUGUUCAUUAGCAAGGACACAGCCCCCUCCUCGGAAGAUCUCUUUGCUUUUCAGCAUACUAUACCUAUAGAGCAGCAUUCGUUAUUGAUACAGCCAGCCACAUUAAAGGAAGUUCGAGCUGCUCUAUUUUCGAUGAAAGGAUUGAAAAGCCCAAGACCAGAUGGUAUACAGGCACUUUUCUACCAACAUCACUGGGAUACGGUGUCUAGAACCUUCCUAGAUUUUGUGAACCAAGCUCUAUUGGAGGGAUGUUUUGAUCCAGUUCUACCCAGAGCAUAUGUGGCAUUGAUCCCCAAAGAAGACUCGCCAGAUGUCAUUCAAAAGUUUAGGCCUAUAAGCCUUUUGAAUGUUGCAUAUAAGGUGCUAUCAAAAUUGAUCGUCAAUAGGCUCCGCCCUCAUCUUCAGAAGAUCGUUGGACCCCACCAGAGUAGCUUUUUAGCUGGCAGAAGUACAGUUGACAAUAUUAUCUUGACCCAAGAAGCAGUUCAUUCCAUGAAACGGUUGAAGGGUAGGAGAGGUGCCAUGGUACUUAAAAUUGAUCUACAUAAGGCUUUUGACAGUAUUGAUUGGGGAUUCUUAAGACAGGUUCUUACUAACUUCAACGUUCCUCAACAGCUUAUUAAUCUUAUCAUGUUCGCCGUGACCUCUGUCCAGCUGGAGAUUCUGUGGAAUGGUGAACCACUACCUUCAUUUCGUCCCAUGAGGGGGCUAAGACAAGGAGACCCGUUAUCACCGUAUCUUUUUAUUCUAGUGAUGGAGAAGCUAGCCCACAUGAUCCAGAGAAGAGUAUUUACCAAGGACUGGAAACCUUAUAAGUUGUCUCGUGGGGGUAUUGCCCUUUCUCAUCUUUUUUAUGCUGAUGAUUUAAUGCUUUUUGCGCAAGCUUCAGGAGACCAGUUGCGUAUCAUUAUGGAUUGCCUAGACAGAUUUGCCAAAAGCUCGGGUUUGACCCUAAAUUUACAGAAGUCCAAGCUAUUUUUAUCACCUAAUUUGCAGUCGGCAGUCGCGAGUGCCCUAAGCGCAGCAUGUGGUAUUCCACUCACCUCUGACUUAGGCACUUAUUUGGGCAUCCCGAUCACCCACGGUCGUCAUUCACAUAAGAACUAUAGGUAUAUCUUAGAGAAGAUGCAACGAAAGUUGGCUGGCUGGAAGAGCUCUAACUUAAGUUUGGCAGGGCGUAAGGUUUUAAUUCAGUCAGUAACAGCUGCGAUCCCGGCUUAUACUAUGCAAUCAACCUUGCUGCCCAACGCUACUUGUGAGGCCAUUGACAAACUAAAUAGGAACUUUUUAUGGGGCACUGACCAAGGUGCCCAUAAACUGCAUCUUGUUAAUUGGGAGGAGGUUUGCACAGAGAAACAAUAUGGUGGGCUUGGUUUACAAGCUGCAAGGGAUAAUAACAAAGCUUUUGUUGCAAAGCUUGGUUGGAGGAUUAUUAAAGGUGAUAAUGCUUUAUGGUGCAAAGCCAUGCGAGACAAAUAUCUCCGUGGCUCUAAGCUCCUAGAAGCUAGGGGGACCCGAGGCUCAUCCUUUCUGUGGCGCGGAGUUUUACAAUGUUGUUCUGUGUUACAGCUUGGAAUUAAAUGGCGGAUAGGAUCUGGGGAAUCAGUUAAUUUUUGGACAGAUACUUGGGCUAGUCAUAAGCCUCUUCUUAAUGCUAGUAACGCAGGGGUGUCUCCCAAUCUCCUUUCCAUGACAGUAGCUGAUGCAAUCACCCUGGACAAGGAGUGGAAUCUGAACACCUUGUAUAGCUUAGUCUCGGAGGAAGCAGUUGAGAUUAUUAGAGCAAUCCCUCUAUCCAAAAACUUGCAAACUCCGGAUAGUAUUUUUUGGGAUGGCACAACAGAUGGCUCCUUUACAGUUAAAUCUGCCUACCAUCUCAUUCAGGCCAUGAAAGCUGGUGAAGGAAGAGUGCUUACAAACGCGGUCCGAUUUGAACGCCACAUCGCUGCAUCUCCUGUCUGUCCAAGGUGUGAUUGUUCUGUGGAAACGCAACUCCAUCUGCUAAGGGACUGUUACUUUGCUAAGAUAAUCUGGGGCCUUCUUGGUUUUGCAAGACCGGCUUUCUUUUCACUACCGUUUUCUGAGUGGCUCAAAAACUGCUCAGUGCAGUUUCGAACUCCUUCCAACUCCAGCCGACCUAAGGCGGCUUUGUUCCUCUCAGCGAUUUGGUUCCUUUGGAAGGACAGAAAUGCCCUUGUAUUCAGAGCUGUUAGAUCAAGACCACAGGAUCUAUGUUCUACGAUUAUACAACAUGCUAAUUAUACAGAACUAGCGAAGAAUCCUCUGUGCCAUGCAAAGCCGCAACUACCACGCUGGAUUUGUUGGAUACCACCUGCGGAGGGCUUUUGCAAGUUGAAUUCGGAUGGAUCCUAUAGCAGUGUUGAGAAAGCUGCUAGCGCCGGCGGCCUAAUUCGGGAUUCCUUAGGGAAUUGGCUCAUAGGAUUCACAGUCAAUAUUGGGCAUGCUUCUAUCUUUACAGCUGAGCUUUGGGGAAUGAGAGCAGGACUACGUUUAUGCCGUGAGCUGGGGUUCACUAGAGUGAUUGCUGAGAUGGAUUCUCUUAUGGCUGUUCGGUUUGUCAAUGAGAGAAGAGAGCCAGAUAAUCUAGCUGCUGCACUCCUGUCAGAUAUUAGGGACUUGAUGGCACAGUUUGAAUCUUGCAUGUUGCAACACGUCUUACGGGAAGGGAAUGCUGCAGCUGAUUUUCUUGCUUCCCUUGGACACACAUCACCCCCAGGCUUAAGUAUCUUAGACUCACCACCGACUGCUAUUCGACCUAUCCUUUUAGGGGAUCAGAUGGGGGCUAGUUUCCUCAGACUCUAGUUUUGCUGUUUCUUGGCUUUCUCACUGAUGUACCAAAAAAAGAAGCAUAGGUUGAUGUUGGAAGAGAAAAUAUGUAAAUAAAAAUAUUAAUUUUUUUAAUGGUGUUAUCUUUAUUAGUUUUCAAAUAAAAAUGUUAAUUCUCA